GUACACAUGCUGUAACUGCUCAUGUGGGAAGCAGUUCUAGCUACGCGUGCUAAUAUUUAUGAUCGCACUUUUAGGAACUAACACCAGCAGCCACCAUGUCCUCCUACACCUGCAUCAGCUGCCGCGUGCAGUUCGCGGACGCCGACGUGCAGCGGGCGCACUACAAAAGCGACUGGCACCGCUACAACCUGAAGCGCAAGGUCGGCAACAUGCCGCCGGUGACCGCCGAGAACUUCCAGGAGCGCGUGCUGGCGCAGCGGGCGGCCGCCGAACAGCAGCAGGCCGACGCCCAGAGUCUCUCCACCUGCGCCACCUGCAACAAGAAGUUCUCCAGCGCCAACGCCUACGCCGACCACCUGCAGUCGCACAAGCACGUGCAGGCCGAGAGGAGAGCCGUGGCCGCCGCUCAGGAAGCCGUGGAGAGAAUGAACCGGAAGAACCUGGAGAAGGGAGCCGAACUGGAUAAGGACGCCCGGAACGAGGCGCUGCAGAAGGUGCUGAGGGACGGACAGAGGCAGAGACACGCCCCUCAGGAGGGCGCGUCCGGAGAGGCGCCGGGGAGGAAGAGGCCGGAUAAAGCGCCGCGGCUGGAGUGGUACGAACGGCAGGCUAAGAAGAUCGAGGCUGAGGAGGACGAGGAUGAUGAGGAGGAGGAGAAAGAAGAUGAAGAAGAUUGGGAGGACGUUGACGUUGACGACGACGAUGAUGAUGAUGAUGAAGAAAUGGAGGCUGAUGAUGAAGAGCAGACCAAGGAGGACGGCACAACCGCGUCCGCUCCUCCUCCCAGUUCCAUCCCGGCCACCGACUGUCUGUUCUGUAGCCACCACUCGCGCUCUCUCAGCAAGAACGUCCUGCACAUGACCAAAACUCACAGCUUCUUCAUCCCGGACCUCGAGUACCUGGUGGACCUGAGAGGACUUCUGGCGUAUCUCGGGGAGAAGGUCGGCGUGGGGAAAGUGUGUUUAUGGUGUAACGAGAAAGGAAAGUCGUUUUACUCCACCGAGGCCGUUCAGGCGCACAUGAGCGACAAGAGUCACUGCAAACUCUUCACGGACGGAGACGCGGCGCUGGAGUUUGCGGAUUUCUACGACUUCAGGAGCAGCUACCCGGACGCUAACGAUGGAGAGGAGGUAGAGAUGAAGGACGGAGAACUUCCCGAUGACAAGACGGUGGAGUUCGAUGACGAGAUGUUAGAGCUCACGCUGCCGUCUGGAGCGAAGAUCGGCCACCGCUCACUGAUGAGGUACUACAAGCAGCGAUUCGGGGCUCAGCGGGCACUGGUGCCGGCGAAUCAGCGGGCAGUGGGCCGAGUGCUCAAACAGUACCGGGCACUGGGGUGGAAGGGGGACUACGGUAAAGGUUUUAUGGGACAGCAGCAGAAGGACAUGCAGUAUGUCCAGAGAAUGAAAUUGAAGUGGAUGUUGAGGACUGGAAUGGGCAACAACUUGACCAAGCAGACCCACUUCAGAGCUCAAGUCAUGUUCUAAACCCUUAUUCUGAGCCACACCCAAACUGUGCUGUUGCAUAGAUGAUAAGAAAUAUGGAUUUAUGAUGGAGAUGAUGAACGUCCAGCUGGAAUCAAAAGCUUCCAAGGGAUGUCCAUCCAUAUCAUGGCACAUUGUGGUUUUAAUAAAUAUAUGACCAAAUCAACUGGGUCAAAAAUAUCUCUUUUUCCAUCAUCACUUUCUGGCACUGAUUUGACUUGAUAGGCAUGAAAUCAGGACCCAAAAAUAUUGCAAAUCACUUUUUCUCUUUGUGAUCAUGAACUGUUUGGUGCAGGGGUUUCUUUCCUCUAAGCCCAUGGUGAUAUGAAGCUCACUUGACUCUGGACAGUGACACCUGUGUUCCAGUAGCCUCUAAAAUAUGGUUGGUCAUAAAUGGCUUUUGGGUGACGUCCUUGACGUUUCAGAGCUCUAAGCUUUUUGAGCGUAAUGGUAUUGAUCAGGUUAAUAAGUGCGAUAAAUCUAAUCCUGUUUAUAUGGGCACAGAGAAGCUACCAGCUGUAGUCAGUCAAAAUGAGUGUAUCUACCUUUGACUUUAAUUAAAACUCUAAACUCACUUAUCAUUGAAUUGUACCAACUGCUUAUUGACUGGCUGUUUGAUUUCAGAUUAAAUAAAUAUUUUCUAAAGCUU